GGCUGCGGGCCGGGGAGGCCGUGCCGGGCCGGGCUGGGCCACGUUGGCCGACAUGCUGACCUUCUUCCUCGUGUCGGGGGGCUCCCUCUGGCUCUUCAUGGAGUUCGUCCUCUCGCUUCUGGAGAAGAUGCAGACUCAGGAGAUCCUGAGGAUGCUGCGGCUGCCUGAGCUGGGGGACUUGGGCCAGUUUUUCCGCAGCCUCUCAGCCACCACCCUCGUGAGUAUGGGUGCGCUGGCCGCCAUCCUCGCCUACUGGUUCACCCACCGGCCUAAGGCCUUGCAGCCGCCGUGCGAUCUCCUGAUGCAGUCAGAGGAAGUGGAGGACAGUGGUGGGGCCCGGCGAUCCGUGAUCGGGGAUGGCCCUCAGCUGCUCACCCACUACUAUGACGAUGCCAGGACCAUGUACGAGGUGUUCCGUCGUGGGCUUAGCAUCUCAGGGAAUGGACCCUGUCUUGGCUUCAGGAAGCCCAAGAAGCUUUAUCAGUGGCUGUCCUACCAGGAGGUGGCCGACAGGGCUGAAUUUCUAGGGUCUGGACUUCUCCAGCACAAUUGUAAACCAUGUACAGAUCAGUUUAUUGGUGUUUUUGCACAAAAUCGACCAGAGUGGAUCAUCGCGGAGCUGGCUUGCUACACAUACUCUAUGGUGGUGGUCCCUCUCUAUGACACCCUGGGCCCUGGGGCAAUCCGCUACAUCAUCAACACAGCCGACAUCAGCACCGUGAUCGUGGAUAAACCUCAGAAGGCCGCGCUUCUGCUGGAGCAUGUGGAGAGGAAGGAGACGCCAGGGCUCAAGCUGAUCAUCCUCAUGGAACCAUUCGAGGAAGCUCUGAAAGACAGAGGGCAGGAGUGCGGGGUGGUGGUCAAGUCCAUGCAGGCUGUGGAGGACUGUGGCCAGCGGAAUCACCACGUCCCUGUGCCCCCAAAACCCAGUGACCUCUCCAUUGUGUGUUUCACAAGCGGCACGACAGGGAACCCAAAAGGUGCGAUGCUCACCCAUGGGAACGUGGUGGCUGAUUUCUCAGGCUUUCUGAAAGUGACAGAGAGUCAGUGGGCUCCCACUUGUGCGGAUGUGCACAUUUCCUAUUUGCCUUUAGCACACAUGUUUGAGCGAAUGGUGCAGUCUGUCGUCUACUGCCACGGGGGGCGCGUGGGCUUCUUCCAGGGAGACAUCCGCCUCCUGUCGGAUGACAUGAAGGCUCUGUGCCCCACCAUCUUCCCUGUGGUCCCGCGGCUGCUGAACCGGAUGUAUGACAAGAUUUUCAGCCAGGCAAACACGCCAUUAAAGCGCUGGCUCCUGGAAUUCGCAGCAAAACGUAAACAGGCAGAGGUCCGGAGUGGAAUCAUCAGGAAUGAUAGUAUUUGGGAUGAACUCUUCUUUAACAAAAUUCAGGCCAGUCUCGGUGGGUGUGUGCGGAUGAUUGUCACCGGAGCAGCCCCGGCAUCACCAACAGUCCUGGGAUUCCUCCGGGCAGCUCUGGGGUGCCAGGUUUAUGAAGGUUACGGCCAAACCGAGUGCACAGCUGGAUGUACCUUCACUACACCCGGGGACUGGACCUCAGGUCACGUCGGGGCCCCUCUACCCUGCAAUCAUAUCAAGCUUGUUGACGUCGAGGAGCUGAAUUAUUGGGCCAGCCAAGGAGAAGGAGAGAUAUGUGUGAGAGGACCAAAUGUGUUCAAAGGUUACUUGAAAGAUCCAGAGAGGACAAAGGAGGCCCUGGACAGCGAGGGCUGGCUUCACACUGGUGACAUUGGGAAGUGGCUGCCGGCAGGAACUCUUAAAAUUAUUGAUCGGAAAAAGCACAUAUUUAAACUCGCUCAGGGAGAGUACAUUGCGCCCGAGAAGAUCGAGAACAUCUACAUCCGGAGCGAGCCUGUGGCGCAAGUCUACGUGCACGGGGACAGCCUAAAGGCCUUUUUGGUGGGCAUUGUCGUACCCGACCCGGAAGUCAUGCCCUCUUGGGCCCAGAAGAGAGGAAUUGAAGGGACGUACGCAGAGCUCUGCGCAAAUAAGGAGCUGAAGAAAGCCAUUUUGGAAGAUAUGGUGAGGUUAGGAAAAGAAAGCGGACUCCAUUCUUUUGAACAGUGAAUGGAUCUUUGGGGAAGACUUGGGAGAAGAAACCCAGAAUUAUUUCUCAGGGUGGGCAGUAAGUAUCUAUGUUCCUUGCUGGGUUCUUCCAGUCUUCCCUUCUCAGCAUGUCCAUGCCAGGGCUGGGAAACCCAAUAUGCCAGUAAUUCUGAACAGUUUCACUUUCUUCCAGUAAGACUGUCCAGGCAGGAUGUAAAGAAGAGGGGUAUUAUUUCCAAAUAAAAUUUUCUAGCAACCUAAGUUUGAAGAACCUCUUCAAAAUACUAGAAAACUUCUUAAGUCCAUCAUAGACAGGUAUCUCCUUAGGGAACGAUUCCAUUCAAAGAACCUCUAAAUACCGCUAAGCUUUCCCAUGAAAACCUCCUCUCUUGCGUUAAUGUGUUGCAUUUUGCACCUGGGUGCCUACAGUGACAUGUCAUUAAAGCCCAGCAUGGACAGCAAUUAGGUUCCAAGCUAUGGACUGUGCAUCUGCAGAAGAAACUAUCCCUAGGAAAGCAGAGAGACAGGACUCUGAAAGCAGAGACGGGGGCAGUAUUCACAGUCUAGACGCUCCUUUGCCCUAGUGCAAAUCCAAACUGUAAAUAAUUGCUGUCAGAAACUGCGUGAUCACACAGGCUCACUAGAUGAAUCUGCAGCGGUGAUGAUCCAUUUAUCUUUCAGUUUUCGCAAAAGUGCGGCACAGCUUCAUUUGAUGUAUUUAUGUAAUCUUUCACGUUUGCUGCAUUCUCUCUGCAGUCCCACUACUUGCACUUACAGAUUUGACUUUUAGCAAAUGACCUAAUUCGACACAUAUUAAAUUUUAAAGGCAUUUCUAAAUAAAUACUAAAGUGUCCAAGGCCAUAUCUGUAUACCAUUGAA